AUGGCAAAAAAUUUGAAAGUUCUAGAUUUGUCGCAUUGCAAAAGGUUAAUCAAGACACCUGAUUUUUCCGAGUUUGGCAAGUUGGAGAAAUUGAUUCUCACUGGAUGUGAGAAAUUGUCUAUGAUUGAUGGUUCAAUCGGUAAGCUAACACUACUGCGUAUUUUGAAUAUUGAUGGAUGCAUUAACCUCCAAGGGUUGCCCAAAGAAAUUGGUUCUCUAGAACGUUUGUCAGAGAUUAUCAUGCCCUCCAAAGGCAAGCCUUUCAAGCUUCCUGAGACACUGGAUGGCCUAAAAUCUUUGAUGAGGUUUGAAGUUCGAAAUCAUGAUGGUAUCAGCCAACUUCCCGACUCUAUUGGAAGGUUAACGAAUCUCACACAUUUGCUUUUGCCUGGAUGCAAGAGUUUAUAUAAGCUUCCGGACUCUAUUGGGGAACUAAAAUCAUUGGUUCACUUGGAUUUAGAACAAUCAGGGAUUAGGGCAAUCCCUGAUUCCAUUGGAAAUCUGAAGAGACUAAAAAUCAUUAGGGUGGGGCACCCAAAGAUAGAAAGGAUACCUUGUGCUAUUGGACGCACGGAGAUGCUCGAAGAGGUCGAUGCCCCAUGUUGUUAUCAUCUUAAGGAUGAAUCCCUAUGGGAAAUGGAGAGCCUAACCCGUCUAAGGAUCUUGAACUUAGAUUGGACCCCAAUCUCUACAGUGCCAACGAUGAUCAGCGGUUUCUCUAGUCUCCAAACACUUAUGAUUACAAGCCAAAAGCUUUGUCCAUUGCCAGAGCUUCCCUCGAGUUUGAAAUGUCUAGUGGUUGCAGCUGCUCAAUUUCCUAUUCUUCCCGAUCUCUCGAGCCUUGUUCAUUUAGAUCAUUUCGAAGUGUGGAGACUUGAUUCAAGUACUGCAUCAUCUGGGGCGAACGAGGUUAUCUCACCUUGGAGGGAUGCGCAGUCCAUCCAUCAGCUUCCGCGUAGCUUGUCAGAAUUGAGACUUGGCGGGAUCCCACAAUUGCCAAUUUUUUCCGACUUCAAAAGCUUGUCGGUUCUCAUUAUCAGCGGAUGUCCGUUGCCACAUUUCCCCGCAUUUGAAUACUUGGAGAGGUUAAGGGAAUUGAAGAUAUCAUUGUGCGAAUUCCUGGAGAGCACGCCCAGAAUGUUGUGCUUGAAGAGGAUACAAAAGUUACAGCUUAGUGACUUACCCAAAUUGGCGGAGAUCCCAGGAUUGGGGCAGCUGGAAUCACUGAAGUUUCUACACAUUAGCAGGUGUAAUGCUAUCGAACAAUUGCCUAACCUGUCGAAGUUGAAAAAUUUACGGCAUCUCAGGCUAGUUCACUGUGGAAAGAUAAGAGCCAUCGAAGGUUUGAAAGAAUUGAUUUCUUUGAAGAAUGCAGAGAUCAAACGUUGCAUGUCCCUUGAAAGGUUGCCCAAUGUGUCAGCAUCCACCAAGUUAGACACUAAAUGGAAGUGGCAAGACGCUGCUGAAGACAUCUAG